AUGCUUUCGUCAGUGACAAAUGCUCCUUUUCCGUCGCACUGUCAAAAAAUACUCCGAGAACAUGCAAUAAGGAAUAAUUAUUCUAGCAAGUAUUGGAUAACCCGUCCGCAAGCUAAUCGUACCAGUAAUGCCAAUGUACUUCCAACUGAGAAACCUGCACAAAUUCAUCUACAAGUUGAGGCAGUGGUACCCAUGACGUCUCUUUCCAGGCCGAUACAGCAAAGAAUUAUGGAUGAAUAUCCACCCUUUUUGGGUUCAGGUGUUGGCAUUCUGUCUGAGCGGAAGAAGUGGAAGGCUGUCACUGCUGGGCGGCUCAUUCAUUUACUCAAUCCUAGCGAGGAGGAUCGCGCCUUGUUUAUUGACGUGGUAACUGCAAAGGAGUUGGGUAUUAAGUACAAUCCCCAAAACAUUAUUGAUAUUCGUUCUGCUAGCUCUGUAUAUGUGUAUAAUGCUGAACAGUUAGAUGAUCCUUAUAAAGGUGAGCCUCAAAAAGGAGUGGCUCUCGAUGCGGUUACUGGGAAGCGCUUAGGACAACCUGCGCACGACAUUUUAUUAGGAGUAGGAAUUUUGAAUGGUUACACGUCCCCCAUGUGGAUUGCUGAUCGCCAGAUCAAGUACCUUAACCUUGAGCUAAAGUCGAACGCACAUAAAGAAGCGGUAAUAACUUCCAAUAUGACCGGCUUUAUUGUUCCUCUAUCCAUCCUGCCGGAAUCGUGUAGGAAUGAGUUGCUUGCUGAGCUUACCCAGAACCACCUCGAUGCAUUUGGAUUUGACAUUUUUUUUAUUUACAAUGUAAACGGAUGGGAGGCGACUCGUUCUUCUGUUUUAGUAAAUCACAUGUCAGCAAUUAAUGAUAAAGAGUACCCAUUUCAUUUUGUCAACUUAACAAAUUUGCACAUACAAAAACCAAAAUAUGCUAAUAUGGCGAAAAAAAUUUAUUCCAAACAUAAGCCUAUUGGAGCUUCUCUGUUAGACAUUCCGUCUACUGGGGCAAAUGUCACACCUAGCGCGAAAAUGAGAUUGGCAAUUCAAUUUUCCAGAGGGAAUGAAUCGUUUUCAUUCUUCUUUGCUGAAGAUGCCACCCUUCGGCGUUAUUACAAUGCAUGUUGUAUGACAAAGCCCUAUCUGACUGUGCCCUCGGUCCGUUCUAUUGCCAUACUAAAUGGGAGGCUGGUGGGCCAUCGUGACGAGUCCAUUCUGCGUGCGUUUGCACUUAAACAUUCCUUAUCUAGUCCUCUAUGGCUUACUGAGUCUGGGGGCCAGCGCCUUGGGGUCCAUAUCCACCCAAAGCAUAAAAAACAUUUUGUUAGAAUAGGUGCAGCGGCGGGCGACACCAGUUCUGGAGAAGAAGAUAUGGAAGGUUUCUAUAAUAUUGAGGAUUUUUCACGUCCCGAUGAAAUUUUAUCACUUUUUCCUAAAACAAGCAAACACGUUCAUUUUAUUCUGGAUUCUAAAUGGCGUCCUGUUCUAGGCAAACAAAACCAAAAUUAUCUGACCUCUCUAAAGCGUCAAAAACCUCUUUGGAUCUCAGCCAAUGAGUGCUUGAUGUCUGGUUUUGAACCGACUAAGGCUGGCAAGUUAUAUAAAUUUCCUUUGAGGAAUAGGAAAGAGGGAACGGGAACCAAACUCUACAAUUCACAACACACAACAGAUCCUGUUCGUGUUAUUGGGCUCUCAACUAUGCUAAUUCGACCACAGGGUGUGUCAUUGCAUCAUAAAGUUUUUUAG